AGACAGCACCUGCGUUUCUAGCGCUGUAAGGCAAAAUCUAUACCGCUGCGCCACUGUGUGCCAGCAUUUUAAUGCUGUCUUCUUAAAGAGAACGGUCACCUCGAGUAAAGGGAGUAGGCAGAGAGUGCAAAUGGCCCCUGUGGCCAUUUCCCUUCAAAGCAGUUAUACCAUUUUGGAGAAUAUUAAGGGGGAAUGACCCAUCAAUGGCACAGAGCCUGGAUCUGAGGCACAGCUGGGAAGACUAAUGUCAGGCAGAGCCAUAGUGAUAGGACAGAAGAGUCUGUGGCAGCAAUCGAGAUUCCAGGAUGGUGUGUUAACUCCCUCGUGCCAGUGUCCAGAAUGUCUCAGAGCGGCUGCACGACAUUCUCAUGGAGGAGCAUGAGCAGCCAGAAGUUAUUGUACAUGUUGGUACAAAUGAUAUGGGUAGGAAAAGGGAAGAGGUACUGAAAAAUGUAAAUGGGGUGUUAGGUAAAAGGUUAAAAAGCUGGACCUCGAGGGUAGUGAUCACUGCGAAUAAGCGAGAUUAUUCCCAAUGCCACGUGCUGGUGGAGGUAGAAACAGGAAGAUAGGAUAGAUUAAUGUUUAUGGCUGAGGAGUUGGUGCAGGAGGCUGGGAUUCAGAUUUUUGGAUCUUUGGGAUCUCUUCUGGGGCAGAGGAGAGCUGUUCAAGAGGGACACCAGAACUGGAGGGGAAGGUUUGCUACUGUUACUCAGGAUUGUAGGCGCUGCAAGACUGACAGUGUUGUCAUAGUCGGGAAUUUAAACUUUCCCAAUAUAAACUGAGUCUGGGUCAUAGUGUUCAGAGUUUAUAGACAAAUUGGAAUUUGCCAAAUGUGUUCAGCAUGUUCCAGUAAGUAGGAGGGAUAAGGGGGGCAAGAUUAGGGAAUCGUGGAUAUCCAAGGAAGUUGUAAAUUUGGUCAGGAAGUAAAAGGAAACGUAUAUCAGUUUCAAGAAGGUGGCAUCAGACGAGGAUUAUGAGGAAUAUAAAGCAAGUAGGAAAGAACUCAAGCUAGCGAUCAGAAGGGCCAAAAGGGUCAUGAAAUGUCAUUGGCAAGUCGGAUUAAGGAACAUCGUAAAGCUUUUUAUAUGUAUGUUAAAAACAAUCGGGUGGCCAGGAACAAGGACAAAGGAGGAUAUCUAUGCAGUCAGAGGAUGAAGGUGAGGUACUGAAUGAGUACUUUGCAUCCGUAUUCACCAAGGACUUCGACAGCGAGAUCAGUGUGGAGAACACAAAUAUGCUAGGACAGUUUGAGAUUGAGAAGGAGGUGAUGGUGCAUCAGGGAAGAGCAUCAAGGUGGAUAGGUCCCCAAGGCCUGAUGGGAUCUAUCCUAUAUUAUUGAGGGAAGCAAGAGAGGAGAUUACAGGGCCUUGACAUGGAUCUUGGUCUCUUCUCUAGCCACAGGCAAGGUCCCAGAGGACUGGAUUGUUGCCAAUGUUAUUCCUUUGUUUGAGAAUGGAAAUAGAGAGAUUCCAGGGAACUACAGGCCCAUAGUUUUACCAUUGCAACAUUUAAUAAACAUUUAGGCAAGUACAUGAAUAGGACAGGUUUAGAGGGAUAUGGGCUAAAUGCAGGCAGGAGAGACUAGUUGAGAUGAGACAUGUUGGCCGGUGCGGGCAGGUUGAGCCAAAGGGCCUGUUUCCACGCUGUAAGACCCUAUGGGAAUGUACAAACAUAUAGCUCCUUGAAAGUGGGAUUGUAGGCAGAUACAGUGGUGAAGAAGGCUUUUGACAUGCUGGCCCUCAUCGGUCGGGGAAAUGAAUACAGAAGUUGGGAUAGACACAAAAAGCUGGAGUAAUUCAGCGGGACAAGCAGCAUCUCUGGAGAGAAGGAAUGGGCGACGUUUCAGGUCCAGACCCUUAUUUAGACGUUUCGGGUCAAGACCCGAAACGUCACAUUCCUUCUCUCUAGAGAUCCUGCCUGUCUUGCUGAUGUUACGCCAGCUUUUUGUGUCUAUCUUCAGUUUAAACCAGCAUCUGCAGUUCCUUCUUACACAUAGAACUUGGGAUGAUAUGUGCAAGAUCGCAUUGCCCUAUCACUACGCUAUAGGAAAUAUGUCAUUAAGCUGGAAAGAGUGCAGAGAAGAUUUAUGAGGAUGUUGCCAGUACUUGAGGGCCUGAGUUACAAGGAAAGGUUGGGCAGGCUAGGAUUACUUAGAUUGGGCUUCUUGGUCAGUUUAGACAAGUUGGACCUAUAGGUCUAUUUCUGUUCAGUUUGCCUCUGUGAUUCUCUGCCUAACUCUGCCAAAUCCCACUUGCCUGCAUUACUUCCAUAUCCCUCUUUACCAUCCUCAUUCAAGUACUUGUCCAGAAACCUCUUAAAUGUUGUUACUAUUCCUGACCCAGCAGCUCAUCCAGAUACCAACUAGAAUGUGUGCAAAAAUUACUACUCAGAUCCCUGUUAAACCUCCUCCCUCUCACAUUAAAACUAUGCCCUCUUACUUUAGAUACUCCUACAAUUGAAAACAGGCACUAGCUAUCUACCCUAUCCAUGCCUUUCAGAAUACAAAGGAUCCCCAGGUCCCUUUGUACCACAAUAUUUGUCGUAUCACUCCAUUUUAAUUUGUUAUUUCAUUCAAAAUAGCAGAAAAUGCUGAAAGAUCUCAGCAGAUAGGACAGCUUUAUGUUUGCCACAUUAUACCCCAUCUGCCAAUUUAUUGCCCAUUCAUUUAACCUGUCAAUAUCCCUCUGCAAGCUCCUUGUAUCUUCAUCACUACUUGCUAAUCAAUUUCCUUGAUAUCGUUAAUCGAUUUGGCUACAAUAAUUUCAGUCGCUUUAUCCACGUUGUAAACAUAGACUAUAAAUUGUUGAGGAAGCUUCACUGGAGGGUAGUGGGUAGUGGGCAGUGAGGGAGUUUCAAUAGAGGAUAGUGGGCAGUAUGUGAAGUUUCAUCUGUUAGUGGAAUGAGGAAACUUCACUGGAGGGGAAUGAAGUAAGGGAGAUUCGCCGGCGGGGAAUAGAGCGUGGGAGCUUCGCUGGCGAGGAGUGUAGACAGGGAGCUUCAUCUGAGGGUAAGGGAGCGAGGGAGCAUCACCGCUGUGUUUCCUGCCUCGGUCCGGGGUCUUCGGGCUGCGGGCGAUGCUGUGAGGUGCUCGAAGCUGUGACGGAGCUCUUGCCGAGGAAGGAUUGACAGGAAACAGACUUCCUGUAGGGUUGUUGGAAGAGGGAACAUCGUCAGGGAGACAGCAGGCGGAGGCAGCGGGGCACGGUCACGAAACCCCGAGCCCGCACCGAGAGAGAGAGAGACCCGCGCCGGGAGAGGGUGCCGCACGGGGGGAAAGCGAGAGUGUCCCGAAGCGGGACAGAGCUAGCGAGCCCUGCACCGGUGGGGAGCGGGGGAGUCUCACGGCGUGGGAGAGCGAGAGAGUCCAGCAUCGGGAGAGAGCGGGACUCCCAAGCCUGGGGACCGUGAGAGUCCCGCACCGGGAGGGGAAACGAGUUCCCCACAACCGUAUGAGAUGGGUCCCAGCGCGACGAUGAAUCGGAAGGUACAGAGAGGGAGACUGACGAGAGACUGAGGCAACGAGGAUCGGGUUGACACUUGGCCACAACGACUCAACAACGUCCCAAGCACAACAUCAGGACACCCCCGAGGAGGCCCAGUGGUCCCCGAGGAAGCGAGGUUGGAGGGGCAGCGAUCGCGGGAUUCGUCGAGCACGACCCCUGAAUUUUGGGAGGAUCCCAGGAUUUGCGGAGAGUGUCCCAGGGAUUUGAGGAGUGGGUCCCGGAAUUUGAAGAGAGGUUCCCAGUACUUUAGGAGAGAGUCUCGGGAUUUGAGGCAAGGCUCCCAGGAUUUGUGCAGGGGUUGCAGGAUUCAAGAGGGAGUGUCCCAGGAUUCGAGUGGUAGUAUUAUUUGAGGAGAGGGUCCCCGGGAUUUGAGGAGAGGGCGUGUGAGGAUGAUGAUGCUGAGCCUGGGGAGAAUGCUGCUCCGUGCCGGGCUGAUGCUGGUGCUGAUACUGCCCCCGGCACUGCCCAUGCAAGUGUGCCAGAAAUUCCGCAGCGACACACCCACCAACAACCUGGCGGUGCAGGCCGGGCCGCAGCCAGGGCCCCGGGUGUACGUGGGCUCGGUGAACGCUGUUUACCAGCUAGGCUGGAAGCUGGGGCUGGAGGCGAGGGUGAGGACGGGCCCGGUGCAGGACAACGCCCUGUGCCACGCACCGCAGCUCCCGCACAGCAGCUGUGAGCACCUGCGCCGGCACACCGACUGCUACAACAAGCUGCUGCUGCCCGACGCCAGCCAGGGGCUGCUGGUGGUGUGCGGCUCCGUGCACCAGGGCUUCUGCCAGCUGCGGCAACUGGCCAACAUCAGCCAGCUGGCCGUGCCUUUCCCGCCCGCCGACGGCAGCGGCCUGGUCUUCCCCAGCAUGUUGUACGUGGCGGCCAACCACCCGCAGGCCUCCACCGUGGGCCUGGUGCUGCCUGGCCUGGGCGGCGGUGGCGGCAGCCGGCUGCUGGUGGCCUCCACUUACACGGGCCUGGGCACCCGCUACUUCCCCACCAACAGCAGCCGUGAGGACCUGCGCUUCGAGAACACGCCCGAGAUCGCCAUCCGCGCCCUGGACACCCGCCAGUCGUCCCGUCUCUUCACCUACGACAUCAACCCGUCCGAGGACAACGUCUUCAAGGUGAAGGCCGAGGCCAAAGCCCGCAACCGGCUGAGCUUCGUGAGGGCCUUCAGUUACCAGAACUACACCUACUUGGCGCUCAACAACGACGCCGACUCCGGCGGCAAGGGAGGCCGCGCCCGCAGCCUGCUGGCCCGCAUCUGCACCGGAGCCCGGGGCUCCCGCCCAUCCGAGAGCCGCAAGCUGACCGAGUCCUACAUCCAGCUGGGCUUACGUUGCUUCGCCGAUCCCACCCUCUUCGGCCGCCUGCUCUCCGUGUGGCCAGGCCCGGGACACCGGCUGUACGGCCUGUUCCAGGGGCCCGAGGACAGCGAGCAGCGCUCCGCCCUCUGCGUCUUCAACUUCAGCGACAUCGACCACAGCAUGAGGAGCGCCCGACGCCAGUGCUUCAAGGAGAAGCACAGCCAGGAGGUGACCGUCCUGGACAGCGUGAUUCAAGGAAGUGGACCAGCCUGCAUCCAACGCAACAUCACACUGCAUGAAGAACAGCUGGAUUGUGGGGCUGCCCAUCUGCAGCACCCUCUAGCCAUCAGGGACCCAGUGAAGGCUUCCCCGAUCUUGGAGGAGAGUGGCUUGACCUCGGUGGCAGUAUCAAGUCUGAAUAACCAUACAGUGGUGUUUCUAGGCACAGCCAAUGGCCAACUUCUAAAGCUGAACUUGCAGAAUAACCAGAUUUUGAAGAGAGAGGUUCUUCUCGUGGCAUCGGAUGAGGCUGUCCAUCACAUCAUGCAUUUUGACCCGGAGGACCAGAACUAUCUCUACGUGAUGACCAUGCACCAGAUCAGUCGGGUGAGGGUUGCUUCCUGCAACCAGUCCCAGUCCUGCCAGGAGUGUUUAGGAGCACAUGAUGCCUACUGCGGAUGGUGUACCUUGGAGAGCCGCUGUACUCUACAGCAGGAUUGUGCUAAUUCCACUCAACCCUCAUUCUGGAUCGACCUCAACUCUGGAAUAGCAAAAUGUCCAACCAUGAACAUUACUCCGUCAGAAAUCGACAAUAACCUUGCAGCCGUAAAGAACAUUGAAAUCAUCAUCAAUGGACAUGUCCCACAGUUAAUGGGCAGGGAUGUUCGCUGUCAUUAUGUUAAUGUGGAGAAGACUUCAGCUACCAUCUCUGAAAAUAAUUCAGGCCCGUCACAGAUGGUGCACUGUCCUUUCCUACAGAAGGCCAAGUACCCAGCGUUCUUGUCCGAUAAAGAUCAUGUUAUUGUAACAGUGGCAAUCGAGGUGGACAAUCGAUUGAUCGUGUCUGGAAAUGUAACCUUCUAUGAUUGUGAGAGAACAGGAAAGGUUGAUGCAAAGACAGCAUGCAGAAGUUGCUUACAAACUCGUUGGACCUGCUUCUGGUGUGUACCCAAUCACAAGUGUGUCUCACAGAAAGCAGAGUGCAAGAGCAGUGUAACUGGUGCAGUACCUGAGACUUUCGCACAGUGCCCCCAAAUGAUGCCGGUUCAAGUCCUGCCAGUUUCCACUGGGACCACCCGAAGCUUCCCAGUCUCCAUAAAGAACAGUGCACCGCUCCAGGGCAGAAAACUGCAGUGUGAGGUUGGACACCAGGUAUACGAGGCGCGGUGGCUCAACAGUUCCCAGGUGUUGUGUGAGGAUGUCAGGUUGUUUACAGCCAACUCAAGCCAGCACUUUCCCAUCAGUCUGAAGCUGAAGGAAGACCCAGAGAAGCUGAUUGACAAUCCCAGCACCAUCUCAGUGGUGGUGUACAACUGUGCGAGUGGGAGCUCAGACUGCUCAGAGUGCUGGGGGCGACAGAACCGUGGCCAUCAGUGCAUCUGGUGUGGGACCACCCAGAGCUGUAAGUUACAAAGUGAGUGCAGGCAGAUCGCUGACGUUUGUCCUGCUCCUGAGAUUCACAGGAUAGAACCACUGACUGGUCCUGUGCAUGGUGGCACGCACCUCACUAUUAGAGGCCGGAACCUGGGCCGCAGGUUCAGUGACAUCGCUGAUGGUGUUCGCAUUGGUGUCGUUUCAUGUAUCCCUGUACAGGAAGAUUAUGUUGUCUCAUCACAGAUUGUGUGCAUAACUGAAACGGCCAACGGAGAGUUCACCAACGCAGUAAGCGUUAGGGUCCAGGAGGAAGAAAGCUCCAAGCAAAGAUUCUCUUUCUUGGUUCCUGAGACUAUCUUGGUAGUGCCAGAUCAAGGACCCAAAGCUGGAGGCACCAGAGUCACCAUCAGCGGCAAAAAUCUACACAUUGGUUCUUCAGUCAGGAUCAUUGUCAAUGAUGCCAAGGACUGUAUCAAUGUAAGACGGAACCAGAGUGCCAUUGUCUGUGUAAUGCCGGCCAUGCAUGUAGCUGAGGGAAGCAUUUCCAUCUGUGUCCAGUUUGAGAAUGGAGAAUGCACCAACAAUACCAUGACCUACAAGUAUCGAGAGAACCCAUUGAUAGAAAGUAUCAGCCCAUACACCAGCUACAUCAGUGGUGGACGGAAGAUCACAGUAAAAGGCCAGCGUUUCAAUUUGAUACAGAAUGUCGUCAUGAUGGUUAAACUAAUUGGAUGGGCUCAGUCGACAUGUGAAGUCGUGAAUGAUUCUGUUCUCAUCUGUCCAUCUCCAGCCUAUUCGGUUUCCACAGUGAUCAUUAAUUUCUAUAUCAAUGGGAUUCUCUAUCAGAAACUUAGCCCAGGGUUCUCCAUGAAAUAUUUCAACGAUCCACAGUUCUCCCGCAAGGAGAAGUUGAUUAAGCACCAUCAGGGAGAGCCUCUCACUCUGGUGAUUGAGAAGAUACCAGACAACUUGAACUUGGCUCCUGAGGAAUACAAAGUGACGAUUGGCCCUUUUCCUUGUGACAUCUACGUUGUUAAGAGAAAGAUUCACUGCACCAUGAAUGUGUCGAUCGAUUCUAAUGAACAGCAGUUGCCUGUCACGGUGCAAGUGGGAAAUUACAAUGAGACGAUUGCGAUGGUACAACUGGGAGAGAGUACGACUUCAGUCGUGAUAUCGAUCGUGGUCUGCCUGUUGUUGCUGCUGGCUUGUGGCAUUGCCUUGGUCAUCUUCUGUACAAAGAGCCGUCGAGCUGAGCGAUAUUGGCAGAAGACUCUGAUUCAGAUGGAAGAGAUGGAGGCUCAAAUCAGGGAGGAGAUUCGGAAAGGUUUUGCUGAGUUGCAGACUGAUAUGACUGACCUCACCAAGGAGCUAAACCGGAGCCAGGGUAUUCCCUUCCUCGAGUACAAGUACUUCGUCAUUCGCACCUUUUUCCCAAAAUGUUCAAUUGAUUGUGAAAGCAGAAGCCCCGAGUGUUUCCAUCAGCUGAAUGCCCAGUCCAGAGAGGCUACCAUCUCCAGCAACCGACCAGAGACCCACCCACUGCUGCAGCUUGAGUGGAAGGUCCCUGAAAACUCUCGGCACAACAUGGAGGAGGGCAUUGCCUUGUUCUCCAUGCUGCUGAGCAACAAACACUUCCUCAUCACGUUUGUACAUUCUCUGGAACAGCAGAAGGACUUUGCUGUGCGAGACAGGUGUAACAUAGCUUCCUUGCUGACCAUUGCACUGCACAGUAAACUGGAGUACUUCACAAGUAUCAUGAAGGACCUGCUGGUGGAUCUAAUUGACGCCUCAGCUUCCAAGAACCCGAAGCUGAUGUUGCGGAGGACAGAGUCGGUGGUGGAGAAGAUGCUGACCAACUGGAUGUCCAUCUGCAUGUACAGCUUCCUCAAGGAAACCGUGGGGGAGCCAUUUUUCUUGCUGUUGUGUGCAAUGAAGCAGCAAAUUAACAAAGGUUCAGUGGAUGCCAUCACCGGCAAGGCUCGUUACACCCUCAACGAAGAGUGGCUGCUGAGGGAGAACAUUGAGGCCAAAGCAACGAAUCUCAACGUGUCAUUCCAAGGAUGUGGUAUGGACUCCAUCACUGUCCGGGUGAUGGACAGUGACUCCAUCAGUCAAGUAAAGGAGAAGAUUCUGGAAGGUUUUUACAAGAAUGUUCCAUUUUCCCAAUGGCCGAGGGUGGAAGAUGUGGACCUGGAGUGGUUUGCAUCGAGUGGUGACAGCCGAAUUCUGCGAGACUUGGACAACACUUCCAUUGUCGAGGAUGGUCGUAAAAAGCUCAACAUGGUGGCACAUUGCAAGGUUCCGGAUGGAGCCUCAUUGGCGAUGAGCUUGAAGGACCAGAGAGACGGCACAUUGGGACGAGUGAAGGACUUGGACACUGAUAAAUACUUCCAUUUGAUGCUUCCAAAUGAUGAGCUGGGUGAUAACAGCCGCUCACACAAGCACAGCCAACGGAAGAAGGUUUUGCCAGAGAUUUACCUGACUCGACUUCUCUCCACCAAGGUGAGGAGUUUAUCACGGGGUUCUUGGCUGCAGAAGUUCCUGGAUGAUUUGUUUUGCUCUGUGCUCCACCCACAUUUAUUUAUCCUCAUGAAACCCAGGGCACGCUCCCUUUGCAUGAAAUAUUUCUUUGAUUUCCUGGAGGAGCAAGCUGAGAAACGGGGCACUUCUGACCCAGACACCCUUCACAUCUGGAAAACAAACAGCUUACCUCUACGCUUCUGGGUGAAUAUCCUAAAGAAUCCUCAGUUUGUGUUUGACAUCGAGAAGACGGACCAUAUGGAUGCCUGUCUGUCAGUGAUAGCCCAGGCCUUCAUCGACGCCUGUUCCAUCUCGGACCUGCAGCUGGGAAAGGAUUCACCAACAAAUAAACUCCUGUAUGCCAAAGAAAUCCCUGAAUACAAGAAGGCCGUGCAGAGAUAUUACAGAGAAAUCCAGGAAAUGAUUACACUGAGUGAACAAGAAAUGAAUGCUCACCUGGCAGAGGAAUCCCGGAAACACCAACAUGAGUUUAAUACCAAUUUUGCAUUGGCUGAAAUCUAUAAGUACGCUAAACGAUAUCGCAAUCAGGUGAUGAAUGCCUUGGAAUCAAACUCAACGACCAGACGCCUGCAAAUGCAACACAAGUUCGAGCAAGUCAUCGCACUGAUGGAGGACAACAUUUAUGAGUGUUGUAGCGAAGCAUAGCUGGUGAAUGUUUACAGAAUGAAUGACUAGGACCUGCCCUUCCAACACCAAGCCUUCAACAGAUAGUUCAUCACCACAACGUGCUGCCCUUUACAUGAUCCAAGUGGCCCACAGAGCUGUAACACACCCAGUCGACUGGUGUGGCAGCAUGAGUUAGUGCUGGUAUGCUUUCUCAAUGCUGGAGAUGGCAAGACUCAGUUUUAUGUCUAGGGUUGAUUGUGAGCACAGCAUAUGCUGUCUUGAUUAGAGAACAUGCAAAGUUCAGCACGGAUGUGGGGAGGAAUAUAAAGUGAGGAAGGGAGGCCCUUUGAACAGGGAGAGGCCAUCGUGGCACAUCCAGCAACCGUGAGCAUCCUCUCUUAGUGGUGGAAAAGUUGUGUGAUAUAAUUAGAGAAGACACGGGUGAGGAGUGGAGGAUAUGGUCUUGACCAAUACAGGCUUCUUGAAGGAGCAUUGGGCACUGUGCAGAGAACCUCAAUUCCAAAAGUAGAAUAACAAAAGGAGAUUGGUGCAAGGGUUGGGGAAUAGGGUGGCUAUCACUGUGGAGCCACAUUCUCAGGGGUUCAUUUCUGACCUUGGGCUUGAAUCUGAGGCAGUGAUUUGUAAAUGAAAUUGUUCCGUUCAUAUUGUGCAGUUUGUUUCAGCAGCUGACCUGGGGUCUCGAGCCUGCCCGCUGACUGCCAAGUCUUGAAAUCAAAACUUCCAUUUGAUGUGCUGUUUUAUUCUAUAAAUAGAUCCAAUUAAACUCUGCUACUAACCAUCCCGGCUACUAACCCAUCUCCUGCAAUCCCAGCAGUGGGAAGGCUUGUUUAAACCUUGCUGCAUUCUUGUGGGAAGAGGAUAGGGCAAGGAGCAGGUCAGUUGGCCCCAGCAGAAUGGGGCACAGGCUCUGGUGUCAGGAGGACAAUUGACCCCCAUCCCUCCCCAGCAGUCUACAUGGCUCUCCAGUGGGGCAGAGGGCUUGUCGCUGACAAAGCCCGAGACUCCAGUCUAACCUGAUCCCUCGACAUGCGAGUCGGUGGAGCUCGUAGUUUGCAGACUUGCUGAAGCACAGCCAGGCCCGGUUUGUGAAAUACACCAGGCCAGGAUAUGCCAAAGGUCUGUGGGGAAAAUAGGGUUCAGGUUGUAGGCUGAUAGGUGCCCUCCCUAAUUUAUCCAAGUAUUUAUUGAAAAACAAUACUGAGAUUUUCUAUUUCUACUAAUCUUUACUGACAUCACAGAUGAACUGGAUGUGAUGUUGAAAAAGGAUCUGCAAGGUGGAGCAGAACUGAUGCAGUUUUUCCAAGUCAAACAUUUCAAUCAUUAUAACAGCACUUUCCUUGGUUAGACUUACUCCCCAAGCUCCCUCUUUUAGGUAUAAUUGUAAUUUGGCCGUUUCAAAUCACUGGCUCAGCCAGUGGAACAUUUUCUGUCCUUGCUCCACACUGCACGUGUUUGGGGCUACCCCCAUUUUUUCCCAUGGAAGUAUUCCAAGUAUAGACCAGAUGAAUCAGCUGUAGUAACACUUGCUCUUCGUGGUACAUCUUCCUUUCACUAGGAAUACAGCCGACUCAUUAAUGCAUAAAUGAGGCACCAAUAAAAAACCUUUAUUCUUAGUGACCCUAUAUGAUCCUUCCAUUGUACUAAAGUCAACACAUUUUUCUGCUUCUUCAGAGUCACUCAGAGCUACUCUUACUCAGUUUCCCUUAUGAUCAAGGUGAUAUUAACAGUGUGUAAUGUUCACGAAUUAACCCCCAAUCACAUUGGGAGUAGCAUGGCUGUGGGAGCCUUCACCAUCCGUUCACCACCCAUCCACUAGUCCUAGCAUCAUACCGCUUCCUAUAAUCCGCCUACCAGUCCUGGCCAUCAUAGUUCCGUGCAACAAUAACCAUUCAUAAGCAGCAAAGAGUAACUAUUUAUUUUCUGUGGCAAAAUUGUGCAAGUGCCCAGUAAAUAGAGGCCCGACUGAGGUGCAUGCACUUCCACUCAAGAGUUACCUGGAGAUAUAUACACAGAUGAAUGGGCUUUUGCCUCAGUUGAUGGAACCACUUGCUUUGCCAAGACAAAACAGACGUGUUUCCAAUGUACUUGAGAGCAGAUGUGUUCAUGCAGGGUGUUCUCCUACUGUGUUGAUAAAACUGCCUCCAUACUCCUUGCCUGCAAAAGAUGGCAGGACCCAUGCGUGUUCAGAACAAACUUGCAAGGUGAUCAUUGUCUGAUUAUGCCAGUAGUGUUGGCUGAUACUGAUGCUCUCAGAACCAGGGCUCUGGCUGUGAGUCUGACGUACUAUUCAGCAGGGACUAGGGCAGCACCUGCGUUCUGUGCUGGUGCCUAGCCUAGAGACCUGCUGACAUUUAGGUCUUGCUGAAAUAUUCGAAGGGGGAAAUGGGAGAACAGAUCACAUGAAACGGAUCAGCAUCUCAAAGGGAUUUCCUGAACUCAAGUCAAGUUUAUUCGUCACAUACACAUAUGAGAUGUGCAGUGAAAUGAAAAGUGGCAAUGCUCGCGGACUUUGUGCAAAAAGACAAACAAACAAACAACCAAAAUCACAUAUUCUUUUUCGUAUUAAAUAUCGUGGGCGGAAGGAAAAAGGGAAAAAACAGCAAUUUUUUAAAAAGCAGUAGAGUGGUACAGUAAAGUUAGUCCCUGGUGAGAUUGGAGUUUACAGUCCGAAUGGCCUCUGGGAAGAAACUCCUUCUCAACCUCUCCGUCCUCACAGCAUGGCAACAGAAGCGUUUGCCUGACUAGCAGCUAGAACGGUCCGUUGCAGGGGUCUCCCAUGAUUUUAUUGGCUCUGGAGUUGCACCUCCUGAUUAUAUAUAGUUCCUGCAGGGGAGGCGAGUGAAGUUCCCAUAGUGCGUUCGUCCGAACGCACUAGUCUCGGCACAGCCUUCUUGUCCUGGGCAGAGCAAUUCCCAAAUCAGAUUGUAAUAUUUCCGGACAAGAUGCUUUCCACAGCCACCGACAAAACAUGCAUUUCACAUCAUUAAUAAACUCUAAUACUUCACAUCAUUACCUAGCAUGGACAGAUGGAGUCUCAUUUUCACAAGGCCAUGUUCCCACUUCAUGAUUUGUGGGAUGAGUGGAAGUAGUGUGUGAGUGGCACUGUUCCUGCAGCAUGUUUACAACGUAACUGAAACAGAUACACUACAGUGGAUUACAACUGUGUGUGAUGAAUUGUACCAUGUUAAACCAGCUCUUACCUGCCUUUUGUUUUAAUUAAAUGUUUAUGAACACUGGC